CUCCUGUGUUUGUUGAGCAGACAUGCUAUAAUUAUAAUACAAUGAGAUGGAAACUUUAUGACGAAACGGAAACAUGUCUUUGCAGUCGAUUCGCGAGUUCCAUAGUGGCUAGUCGCGUUGAAGUAGAUUGGCGGAAAGACAGUGUGAGCAUUACGAUAAGAGAGUCAUAAUUGCAUAGCAAUUUUCCUUGAUCCUUUUAAAUAUAUAAAAAUAAUAUCGGAGUUUUCUCUCUCUCUCUAUUCACACACAUCAUCACCAUGGCUGUAUUAAUACAACAGUUAAUAGCAGGAUAUAAAUAUAUUAACGAAAAUCUGGCAGAUCCACGUACCCAAGAUUACUUUAUGAUAAGCACGCCAUGGCCUUGUAUAGCUCUGCUUGGAUUUUAUAUAUAUUUUAUUUAUUAUAUUGGUCCGAGGUUUAUGGCAAGAAGACAACCUUUCCAACUAAACAGGAUAUUGCAAAUAUAUAAUGUUUCACAAAUUAUAAUAAAUGCAUACAUAUUUUAUAAAGCAUUAACAUUGGCAUGGUUACGAGAUUACAGUUACAUUUGUCAACCUAUUGAUUAUUCGUACUCACCAAGAGCAAUAGAGAUCACCAGAGUGGUAUGGUAUUAUUUCAUGGUUAAAAUACUGGAUUUGUCGGAGACAAUUUUUUUCGUGCUCAGAAAGAAACAGAAUCAAGUGACCUUUCUUCAUGUAUAUCAUCAUGUGGGCAUAACAAUGGGCACUUGGGGUGCCUCUAAAUAUAUGGCUGGCGGUCAUAUUACUUUCUUAGGAUUGCUCAAUACAUUUGUACACGUAAUAAUGUACACGCAUUAUCUGCUAUCGUCUAUGAAAAUAGAUACAAGUUCAUGGAAGAAGUACAUCACUCAGUUGCAAUUGGUCCAAUUUUUCCUGAUUAUUUUACACUACGGACAAUUAGCCUGGGUGAAAGAUUGCGGCUUUCCACUUUGGCCAGCAUAUAUAAUGAUACCACAGAAUUUCUUUAUGAUUAUACUAUUUGGGGACUUUUAUUAUAAAAUGUACAUUAAAAAACAACCGGCAAUUAGAGUGGCACUGAGGAAGACGGAAACAAAUGGCAUUUCUGCUGACGUCUCGAAAGAAGGAUUGAAAGAACAAUGAAUUCAAAG